AUGUCGCAAGGGGACGCGGCGCCGCUGCUGCAGGCCAACCGCGUGCACAACAACCGCCGCACCGGCGUCUUCGUGCAGGACGGCGGGGCGCCGACCCUCCUCGAGAACGACAUCUUCCGGAACACCGUCGGCGUCGAGGCGGUCGACGACGCUGCGCCGGUCGUGCGCGGCAACACGCUGCACCGCCACAAGCUCGGCGGCGUGUGGGUGCACAAGGGCGGCGGAGGGACGUACGAGGGCAACGAGAUGCGCGAGAACGGGAAGGCGGCGGUGCGAGUCUGGGACCACGGCAACCCUGUCCUCAAGGGGAACUCGAUCUGGGGCGGCCGCACCGUCGGCCUGCUGGUGUACGAGUUUGGCAAGGGGCACUACGUCGACAACGAGAUCCACUCGCACCGCUCGUGGAACAUCGAGGUCAAGCGCAACGCCUUCCCGCUCAUCGAGCGCAACAAGAUCCACUCGUCGGCGUACGGCGGCGUCUACUGCCACGGCGGCGGAGGCGCGCGCCUCGGGAGGAGAGCUCACUAA